AUAUCAGAAAACCGGUUGUUACAGUUUAACGUUUUAACUCAACCCUUGAAAUGACCACUAAAAAGAAACGCUCUGCGCACACCGACAACGACAGCUGGGUUGUCAUUGCUCCAGAUUCAGCACUGGACACAGGCAGAUCCGAAGACAGUGAUCCAUCCUUCAUCAAACUAAAGAAUCCUGCUACAGGAAGUUCUUCGCUGUACCUAUUUAGCUGUGGUGAUAUCAGUGUUUAUGAAGUUAAAGCCUUUUCUGAAGACUUUCGAUCUUGGUUUAUUGGACAGACAGUGCAAAGAGAUGGUAGACUGCUGUAUGUGACUUCCAUUGAUCCUUUAUUUCUGCUUUUGCCAUACAUUAGCAGUGUCGCCACCGAGGGAAAGUUCCAACCGGUGAAGCAGAUGGUGAUGGAUGAGGAUUACCCUGGAUGCACAAGACUUCUGCAAUGCAAACAGGGAGUAGACUCCCUUCAUCAUGUGGCUGAUGAGAAAGAGGGUGGUGGUCAGAAGUUUCACAGAUAUAACCAUGAGAAGACCUUGGAGUGGCUUAAGAAAAAGGUUCAGCAGACAGUAAGCACACUCAAAAAGAGCAACACAUCUGUGGGUGGAGGAGUGAAGUCCAGCACAUUUGUCAGAGUCAAACAGGAAGAUGCUACUGAAGAGGACUACCUCCGUUACGCACAUGGUCUCAUAUCAGAGUACAUUAGUGAAGACCUGAGCAAAGAUCUCCUCAAGUAUUUGCAGUUGCCAGAGAUAUCCAGCCCUAAAGAGACAGAGCCACCUUCUAAGAAACGGAAACUGUCAGAUAAACCAGUAGAGGCCGGAGAAGACUACACCAAGUUCAACAGUGGUGAUUUUGCACGAAAACCACCAAAGAAGAUGACUGCAGCUCAGAAGAGUCUUGCCAAAGUAGACAAAACUGGAAUGAAGAGCGUGGCAGCAUUCUUCAGUCCCAAAGUCAAACAAGAGAAGAACUGAGUGUUUGUGAGUGUGUCAAAACAUUUUUGUUAAUAAAGUUAUUUGAAAAUAAA